GGUAUUCGCCGAAUCACUCAGAGAAUGUCAAUAGCCAUAAUUUUUAUCGUGGAAACUUUCCUCAGAACCUUUUACUGUCAACUUCUUCGAGCCACCCACUCCAACCGCGCCACCCCUGUUUAGGAAAGUAGGAAACGCGAGCAACGUAAAUUAUCGAGUCGCGUAAACGUACCGGGUCGCGGUAGAGUAGAUAUUAUGACGUUCGCGAAACUCAUGCCAACCCGUAACGUCCAUCCUAAACGUGCACAUUCUCAAGGGAUCGUGUCGAGGUCGCAACAAGUCACUCGAGUGUGCUCAAGACCGACGAUCCUGGCAUUGACUCUCCGUCUCUGGAGGCACCGUGUAUUAUUUAACGCGCGGUAGAUCAAUGGCGUCUUAUGGAUCGGCCGGACGGUGGUUUUCCGCGAUGGCGCGUAGUGUUUUCGCGAUGGCGACGCACUUGACCACGACUACUCGACCAGCAACCUGGAACACCGCACGAAGUCAACGUUGAUCCUGAACUCACGAAUCCUGAAAUAAACUUGCAAAAGACAGGAUGCUAGCGAGUUUCAGGCGCGUGUUCAAGUGUUCCCUGCCAACGUGUCGCAAUUUCCACUUUCCAGGGAUGGAGAAGGCAGAGUCCUCCAACGAGGACGAUAGCAAUACCGAGCUGGAGGACCGGGAUCCCAACAGCUUGAACAAACACCUUCAGGUGAUGUGGGAUGAUGUGAUCGGGGAACCGGAAGGAAUACGCAGUCCGGAGUGCGCGUGGCGUCUAAGCGGUCACUGUUUCCGGUUGUCCAGAAGCUGCUGUUACGUGUUUCUCUCGGUCCUCGUAUCUCCUUUACUCGCCCUUUGCUUCGGUUUUACGUUUGCCUGCCUCGCGUUUCAGCAUAUAUGGUGUCUGGCGCCAUGCCUCCGCGUUUGGAAGAUCAGCUGCGCGGCGACAAGGAAUUUUCUCAGUGCUGUGACACACGCCAUCGUGAAACCAGUUAUGGAAUCCCUCGGCUAUCUGUUUCACAAUAUUCGGGUGUAUAAUCAGAAGUUACCGGAUGGUUCAGCACAAAAAGACGAUAUUCUCGUUGUAUAAGAUCGGAUCAUAAAACGAUAAAGUUUUGCAUUCGUAAAUCAUCGAAGUGCCUUUUAAAUCAAUCAGCAACAAUCGGCAUAAAGCAUUCCACGAAACAAAUCGCUUUUCUUAACUUUCUCCGUCAGUCCAUUCUUCGUUUUUCAACCUGCAAUCGUUUCUCAUGUUUCCACUUCGUGAUCGCAGUUUUAAUUGUUUACGAUGUAGAAUUGUCAGUAGCACGAUUCUCGUUAAUAUUUGAUCAUUAGAUCUAUAUAUCUAUUGUUAUAAAGUUUUAUAAAUAAAAUAUACUCUAUGAAGAACACCUGUUGCAAGUCAA